AUGAGUAACCGCAGGAGGCGUAUGAGUGAUGAUUACGAUGGCGACGUUAAAAGGCGGCGCGGUUCUGAAUAUGACGAAGUCGAACGUAGGCUCCAGAAUCUCAUUAUAAGAGUGGAUGAAAGCAGCGGCACUUCUUCCUUAGAAAGCAACCUUGAAAGUUUGUGCUCACUACUGGAAUCGGAUCUCGAUAAGUAUAGGACAAAAAUUAUUGAAAUAGUUACGCUUUGCGUCUGUCAACUACCUGAUAAAAUUACUGUAUAUUCCACACUUGUUGGAUUGUUAAAUGCAAAAAACUUCAAUUUUGGAGGAGAGAUCGUGGAGAAGCUGGUUUCUGACCUGCAGGAGAAACUAGAAGCUGAAGAUUUCCAGCAAGCUAUGUUUAUUGUAAGUUUG